GACUCGAAGAAGACUUGACGAGCGCGGUGCGGGACAGGAGACAAGGUGAGGGGGACCUUUGACCAGCCCGCGGGGUCUGACGACGAGGUCAACAUAAUGGAAAACCAAUUAACUGAUUCUUCUGAAGAAAGCACAUUUCAAUACCAGAGUUCCUUGCCUUCACUUCCUGUUCCUCCUCUUGAUGAAUCCCUAACGAAAUACCUUGAUGCAGUGAAACCUUUCCUAAAUCAAGAAGAGUAUCAAAGAACUCGAGACAUAGUCAGAAGAUUUGAGAAUGGCAUUGGAAAGGAGCUGCAUAAAAAAUUACUUGAAAGGGCUACAGUGAAGAGAAAUUGGUUGGAAGAAUGGUGGCUGAAUGUGGGCUAUCUUGAAACCCGUUUACCAACACAAAUCUAUCACAAUUUUGGAGGACCAGGCCCCUAUAUUGAACAUUAUUGGCCAAUUAAAGAAGGGACUCAGCUAGAAAGAACAGGCAUAAAUGUUUGGUACACCUUGAAAUUCUGGGAACAAUUAAGAAAAGAAAAAUUGGCUGUACAUAGAUCUGGCAAUAAACCCCUGGACAUGGAUCAGUUUCGAAUGCUUUUUUGCACUUGCAAGAUACCAGGCAUUGUUCAAGAUUCCAUUGUGAAUUAUUUCAAAACAGAGAAUGAAGGUGAAUGUCCAUCUCACUUGAUAGUGUUGUGUGAAGGCAGAAUUUUUGAAUUCGAUAGUUUAAAUGAUGGUCAUAUUCUGAGCCCACCAGAGCUUUUUAGACAACUUUCCUACAUUAAGAAGAAAUGUGAGAAUGAACUUGAAGGGCCAGGAUUGGCCGCCUUAACAUCUGAAGAAAGAAACUCGUGGGCAAAGACACGUGAUUAUCUUAUCAGACUCCAUCCAAAGAAUCUGUCUCUGUUGGAAACAAUACAGCGUAGUUUAUUUGUAAUAUGUCUAGAUGAUUCAAAGCCUCAAGCUACCCCUGAAGAUUAUACAGAGAUCACCAGAUUGGCACUCACGGGGAACCCAACAUUGCGGUGGGGAGACAAAUCCUAUAACUUCAUUGCCUUCUCAAAUGGUAGUUGUGCAUCAAACUGUGAUCAUGCUCCUUUUGACGCCAUGGUUUUAGUGAGCCUCUGUUCUUAUGUUGAUUCCAAGAUUUUUGAAACAGAAGGGAAAUGGAAGGGAUCGGACAAAGUACGCAAUAUCCCUUGGCCUGAGGAGCUUGCGUUUAAUUUUGAUCAGAAGGUGCUAAAUGAUAUCACUUGUGCAAAGGAGAAAUAUUACAAGCAGAUGUCUGACUUAGAGCUUGUGAAUUAUGCUUUUACAACUUUUGGGAAAGUACUGAUUAAGAAACACCAUCUUCAUCCUGAUACAUUUGUCCAGAUUGCUCUCCAAUUAACCUAUUACAGAUGUCAUGGACACCCUGGUUGCUGUUAUGAAACUGCAGCAACCAGACAAUUUUAUCAUGGCCGGACAGAAACUAUGAGACCAUGCACCACUGAAGUAAUUGAAUGGUGUAAAUCCAUGCUAGACCCUACAGUCACUCAAGGCCAAAGAAAACACCUAAUGUUAAAAGCAUUUGCAAGACAUAAUAAACUGAUGAAAGAGUGUGAGAAUGGAAGAGGUUUUGAUCGUCAUCUCUUAGGCCUCCAACUCCUGGCCAGAGAGCACAGCCUUCCAAUGCCUGAACUCUUCUUAGAUCCUGCUUUCACCAGAAGUGGGGGAGGUGGAAAUUUUGUUCUUUCAACUAGCCUGGUAGGGUACACAAGAAUUGCAGGAGCCACUGUUCCAAUGGUAAAGCAUGGUUAUGGCUUUUUCUACAGAAUUAGAGAUGACAGGAUUGUUGUUGCCUGCAGUGCCUGGAAGUCAUGUCCAGACACAGAUGCCGAAAAUUUAUGUAAGGAAUUGUUCCAGUCUUUUCAAGACAUAAUAAAAAUAAUAUCCACAUCCCAGAUGUAGAAAAAAUAUUGGAGCUCCAGUGCCUUUUUUUGUAGAACCAUAAAUAUUGAAAUUUUGAAUAUGAAAGCCUUACUUAAAAGGAAUGAUUGAAGUGGAUAUGAUAUUUGACAGUUACAUAUAAGCUAGGUAUAAAUCAUGCAAAAUUCUACUGCAAUAACAAUGCAAUUUUCUUGGAAUAAUCUGCAAUUGCAAUGCAAAAUAAGAUUAGAACUAUGCAAUGAUAAACUAAACUUCUAAAAUGCAAGGUUUAUUGAAUUUUUCAAUAGAAAAAAGUUAAUUAUGUAAUCUUACUAGCAAUAAAGAAUGCAAAAUCAUAUUCAAAUGAAUUCAAUGUUCUAAGUUAAUGUUUUCAGAAGUACAUGGGGGACACUUGCUUUCAUUUACUACAAUGGAAAGUUGUAUUUUGAGCAACCAUUGCAGUAAUCAUGUUUUCUUUCUAUAUGAAAUGCAUAUCAUGGCUUUUUCUUGCCUUCAAAUGUAAUCAAGGAAAAUGUAUUAGAAUGCUUGUGAAUUUAUUUCAGGUAACCUGAGGUUGUUCUUUUUUUUAUUUGAUGGGGUUGUUUAAACGCUUCUAUAAACUGGAAGAGAUGAUAAUCAAAGAUACUGUAUUUUCUUGCCAUUUCAAACGUGCAACUCAGUAUGAUUCUCAGGACAACAUGCAUUCUUUGUAUCAUAAAUGAGAAACUAUGAAUAAUGCAAUAUAUUCUUGAAAUAAAGCCAUUCCAAAGAGCAACAAUAUGUAUAUUAUUCAUCUAUGCUUACUUACAUUGUUCCAUUAUGGUGGGAGGGCAGGAUGUAAUCUUAAUUAUUCUGCCACGCAAAACAGUUAACAAGCAUUCAAAAUUUUUUGAAAGAAUAAAGGAGUAUACCUUAAAACUCAGUUGAUUACAAACUGAAUGAGAUUAGUAUAAUAUCACCUAAGUUAAUUUAACUGACUCCUACAAGUUUGGCAAUUCUUAAUGUUACAUAUUAGCCUGCCUACUGGAUUCCAGCUGCAGAACUUUUCAGCUGAUGUGGAGCUCCCUUUUCUUCUUUCCCUGUGAAGGGAUUAAUUAUGAUUUGGUAUAAGCUGUUAAAAGGGGGCCAAGUUAUGCUGCUUUCCUUAGUACAUGCCCAUUUUGGUUGCAUGUCUGUUUAUUUUUGCACUCUGUUAUUACAGUUUACUAGUACAUAUUAAUACAUACUAGUACAUAUUUGGAUUGUUGCAAGUGCCAGUUGGUAAGAAAGGUGAAAGGCCCAGCUGGUUUCCAUGCCUCAGGGAGGACCAGAUCCUGGGUUAUCUCACUCUGAACUCACCACUAUCACACCAUGCUAAGGCAAAGUUUGUAUGCCUUCAGUUAUAUUGGAUUUUCAUUUCUAAGAAUUCUUCCUCACUUACAAAGUUAGAUAAACAUUCAUAGGAUUAAGGCAGAAAUUAUAAAAAUCCAGGAUUCUUAUUACAGAGUUGAUAGUGUCACUUGACUUGUCCUCACAGGAAGGGGAAAAAAAGAACUGCUAUGCAUUUUAAUUCCUGAAGACAGGAAUCUAACAAAAAUCAUGAUUUUGCCAUGUGGCAGAAGGGAAAUCAAGUUAAUGGAAUAUGAACACACACACACACACACAGAUUUUUUUUAUUUAUUGCAUCUGUUUUUGAGAUGAUGAAAAGGUGUUCAGAUAUUUGUGUAAUUCUAAGACAUCAUCUAGCUGAUUCUGUGGGAGACAAUCAUCUAUGCACAAUAGUGUGUUGAAAAAACUUUAGAAGAUGCAGGUGGUAAGUAUGUAAAUCCUAAUCUUUAGUCUACUAGACAGACUGUUGUUUUAAUUUUUAAUCUUGAAUUCACUAAACAACUGCUUAAUAAUCAGUUGAUGACCCAGAUUGUACCCUCCUGUAAAUUCCUCACUUUGCAGGCACACAUUUAAAAGAUAUAGUAUAAUAUAUAUACUAGUAUACAUGGCAAGUAUAAUAUAGUAUACUAUAGUAUAAUAUGCAAACAUUUUAGAAAAGGCAAAUUGUUUAUCAUUCUCUGGUAGAUUGAACAGGAUGGAACGAAGUACAUGAACCAGAAAUGUUAUAAUUGUAAGCAUUACACAAUAGUGAUAGCUAAUGAGAAUCAAUGAUGAGAACAAUCUCCUUACAACAGAUUGUGUCUGGCUGGAUCACAAUGUAGCGUAACACACAGGAUUUAUCUUCACAUCCAAUUUCUAACCUAGCAUUCUUAUUAAAUUUUGUAGAAAUUUUGAAUCAUUAGACUUCACUAAUGUCACGUGUAAGAAGAUAUG